AGUCUCGCUCUGUCGCCCAGGCUGGAGUGCAGUGGCGCGAUCUCGACUCACUGCAAGCUCCACUUCCCGGGUUCACGCCAUUCUCCUGCCUCAGCCUCCCGAGUAGCUGGGACUACGGGCACCCGCCACCAUGACCGGCUAAUUUUUUGUAUUUUUAGUAGAGACGGGGUUUCACCGUGUUAGCCAGGAUGGUCUCGAUAUCCUGACCUCGUGAUCUGCCCGCCUCGGCCUCCCAAAGUGCUGGGAUUACAGGCGUGAGCCACCGCGCCUGGCCGGCAGAGUCGGGUUUCAAAUUCAGUCAACUUGUCUUCAGAGCUCGGCUCCUAACGCCUGCGCGGGCUGUCAGCUGAACUCAGCGCCGAGCCGUGAGCUUGGCUUUGCCCCUCCAAGCUUGCGCGGAGAACGCGCCGCCUGGGCCGAGACGGGGACCCCGGGACGCUCCCGCCUCCCCUCGGGAAGAGGACGGAGAUGCAGAUUCUCCCCGAUCGCUGGUUUGGGAGUCUGGACUCUUAGGUCCAGUCCCAGCCCAGUGAUUUGUUGGGAGGCCCUGGGCCUCUGGGCUUCAGUUUCUCCGGCUGUCAGGCGGGUCCCGGGGCGGCUAGGAAGGAGCGGCCCAGAGAGGGAGGCGCGCCCGCGCUGCUCGCAAGCAGAACCCUGGAGGCGGCGGCUCCGGGAGCUGGCGGCGCGGCCGGAGCGGCGGACCGGGCGGACCGGGGGGCGGGGCGGACAGGCCUGGGCGGAGCGGGAGGCGGAGGCGCCGCGUAGGCCCGGGAGGCCGGGCCGGCCGGGCUGCGAGCGCCUGCCCCAUGCGCCGCCGCCUCUCCGCACGAUGUUCCCCUCGCGGAGGAAAGCGGUGCAGCUGCCCUGGGAGGACGGCAGGUCCAGGUUGCUCUCCGGCGGCCUCCCUCGGAAAUGUUCCGUCUUCCACCUCUUCGUGGCCUGUCUCUCACUGGGCUGCUUCUCCCUACUCUGGCUGCAGCUCAGCUGCUCUGGUGACGUGGCCCGGGCAGUUGGGGGACAAGGGCAGGAGACCUCGGGCCCUCCCCAGGCCUGCCCCCCAGAGCCGCCCCCUGAGCACUGGGAAGAAGAUGCAUCCUGGGGCCCCCACCGCCUGGCAGUGCUGGUGCCCUUCCGCGAACGCUUCGAGGAGCUCCUGGUCUUUGUGCCCCACAUGCACCGCUUCCUGAGCAGGAAGAAGAUCCAGCACCACAUCUACGUGCUUAACCAGGUGGACCACUUCAGGUUCAACCGGGCAGCGCUCAUCAACGUGGGCUUCCUGGAGAGCAGCAACAGCACGGACUACAUUGCCAUGCACGACGUUGACCUGCUCCCUCUCAACGAGGAGCUGGACUAUGGCUUUCCUGAGGCUGGGCCCUUCCACGUGGCCUCCCCGGAGCUCCACCCUCUCUACCACUACAAGACCUAUGUCGGCGGCAUCCUGCUGCUCUCCAAGCAGCACUACCAGCUGUGCAAUGGGAUGUCCAACCGCUUCUGGGGCUGGGGCCGCGAGGACGACGAGUUCUACCGUCGCAUUAAAGGAGCUGGGCUCCAGCUUUUCCGCCCCUCGGGAAUCACAACUGGGUAUAAGACGUUUCGCCACCUGCAUGACCCAGCCUGGCGGAAGAGGGACCAGAAGCGCAUCGCGGCUCAAAAACAGGAGCAGUUCAAGGUGGACAGGGAGGGAGGCCUGAACACUGUGAAGUACCAUGUGGCUUCCCGCACUGCCCUGUCUGUGGGCGGGGCCCCCUGCACUGUCCUCAACAUCAUGUUGGACUGUGACAAGACCGCCACACCCUGGUGCACAUUCAGCUGAGUUGGAUGGACAGUGAGGAAGCCUGUACCGACAGUCCACAUGGCUCAGGCUCAGGACAAGGCCUCAGGUCGCGUGCCCAGCUCUGACAGGAUGUGGAGUGGCCAGGACCAAGACAGCAAGCUACGCAAUUGCAGCCACCCGGCCUCCAAGGCAGGCUUGGGCUGGGCCAGGACACGUGGGGUGCCUGGGACGCUGCUUGCCAUGCACAGUGAUCAGAGAGAGGCUGGAGUGUGUCCUGGCCGGGACCCCCCCUGCCUUCCUGCUCACCCUACUCUGACCUCCUUCACGUGCCAAGGCCUAUGGGCAGUGGGGAGGGCUGAACAGGACCACCUCUCAUCAACCCCACUUUUGUUCCUUCCUGCUGGGCUGCCUCGUGCAGAGACACAGCGUAGGGGCCAUGCAGCUGGCGUAGGUGGCAGUUGGGCCUGGGAGGGUUAGAACUUCAGAAACCAGAGCACAAGCCCCACAGAGGGAAACAGCCAGCACCGCUCUAGCUGGUUGUUGCCGUGCCGGAAUGUGGGCCUAGUGUUGCCAGAUCUUCUGAGUUUUCGAAAGAAACUAGAAUGCUGGAUUCUUAAGUGAUAUCUUCUGAUUUUUUAAAUGAUAGCACCUAAAUGAAACAUUCAAAAAGUAUGGCAGGCCAGACAAAA